GGGGGGACUAUGAUUGCAUCACUCUUUCCUUCAACCCUGUAAUGCUGUGGGUGCUUUAGUAGUAUGCUGCUUGUGUGUUUUCAAGUAGCCUACCGGUAGUUUCCUUUUCCUCAUGGUCGUUGUUGGUGAAUGUGAAAGAACUCUUUUUGUAGCUUAGAGUUUGAAGAUGAUGAUUGUAGUCCUUACUAUGAAUACCCUCAGAUUGUUCCACAAUUCUGCCAAUGGCUCAUGUCAGUCAGAUGCCAGAAACUGGGACACUGAAGGAUUGAAAGUUUGAAGUUGUACGGACACUGUCCAGAUUGAAUAGCUUGUCAUUCACAAUUGUGUAUUUUCAUGCCAUAAUGAACUACAACAGUGAAAAGUCGGUGUACUCAAAUGGAGAGAAAUGUAUGCUGUUGGAAAGUCUGUGUGGUGAUAAUAACAUACAGUUGGUGUGGGAGGCUGUUUUAGCAGACCCUAUGGUAAUUGAUACAGCAAAUGUGGUGGAUUGUUAACAGGUGGAGACUACAGCUGUGUGACAUAGUCUUUUGGUUGACUGAUGAGGUAGACACGUUUGUCUCUUCAACAUUCUAUGUCCAGUAAUGGGGGUAGAGCUACGUGUACUUGUACUGGUACUCUGCCCAGAGCUGGUAAAUCAAGAAUCACGAAAUCAGAACACACAUUAACAAAGAGUAUGUAAAUUAGGAAGAAAGCAAGUUGCACCUCAGCCGAUGCCUAACAUUGGAUUGUAAUGAAUGGCAUGCCUUUUACAGCCCUCUGAAGAGAAUGGUAAUCGAUCACAGAGGAGUAAGCCUGACCACAUUCAACCAAGCUCAAGACCACUGACCUCUAUACGGCCUGCAUUCAAAAGGGCCCCAGGAAGGCUCCCUCCCCAGAGUCACAACACAAGAGACACAAGCAGACAGAUAACUAUCCUGACAGCACAGCCAUUGGCGUCUUGGUUCCCCGCAGAGGGGUUUACCCCUGACCUUCCCUCUUCUCAGCUGGUCUGGGGUGCUGCUGACAUCCCAGUAGCUGACAAGCCUCCACCCUCUUAUGAUCAGGUCAUCCAGGAAAAAACACAGGAGCAGGUUGUUGCACCAACACCUCCCCCUCGCCGGUCCCACACCACCACAAGUGCCACUCAGACAGACUCUGCAGACAGCUCACCUGGUCACUCGACACAAUCCAACAUUGGUGAACCAUCUAAAUUGAAAAGGCCUCCGAAACCUCCACGACCUCCAUUGUUUGUAAAGCCAAAUCCAGUUUCAAGGGGAAGUCAACUGUCAUCUGAACUGUCUGUGAAUGAAACACACAAAGAGGACACUGGCUGUGCAAAUAUUCAUCCAACCAGCCUCUCUCACGGGACUACAACAAACUGUCCAGUUAAGUCCCUCAAGGCAUUCCACUCGUUUGACUUGGAAUUAAGCACCUCUGUGGAUUACAGCUUUUCUGACAAUACUGCACCUGACAUAUCCAGUAUUGACUCCUCAUUACCUUCCACACUUCUCCUAAAACAGAGACCUAGACCAGUACCGUGCCCUCGUACCAAAGCCAGUAAACCUGUUGACACAGAGACCAAGGUUCAAACUCCUGCAUGUAUGAGAGAUAGUGGUGAAGUCACCCAGGUGGUUCUUGAAGGAAGCACGGAUUUGGCUCCCAGCCCCUAUUUCAAGGAGUUGCUGGAAGUUUUCAGUUCGGACACCUCUGAUCACAGUGUCCCUAAGGGCUGCCAGUCUAAGCGGAGUGACAUAAGUGAAAACAACUUUGACGAAAUGAGUAUUCACAGUAGAAUCCAAGCCUUUGAGAGCCAUGUCACCACAAAUGACCAUGUUGUUACUCCAGCUCCAGUACCAAAGCCACGCAAUCAACAAGUCAAGCCCCCAGUAGUGGCACCUAAACCAGCAUUAGUGCCACGAUCCUCUGUAAAGAGACAGGUAGAUGAAAACCACAAUGACAGAGGAAGUGAGCAGGUCACUUCGGCUCAAAAACCUGUUGUUCCCUCCCCUGCCCCACGCCCCCUGCCUCCUAGGAAGCCAAGUUUCCAGAAGCAAGACUCUUUAUUGCCCUCUCCAAAGACUGCCAUCCUGCCUCCAUCUCACCCUACACUGCAGACAAAUCAUGAAAACUUUCCUCCUCAUGAAGGGAAACACAUAAUUAAAGCUCCACCACCAGUUCUUACCAAGCCCUCCCGUGAAGCGCUUAAUAACAACAAUCACAAUUCCACCAGCCUGUCCUCAGAAAGUCCCGGUGCUGAGACCCCCAAGUUUUGUAUAAGGACACAAGAGAUGGACUGUUCAAACUCUUCCACACCAGGACCAACACCACUGAAAGUGCAAGGAGUAGAGGGGUCCUUCAGUCGUGCUGGGAUCUCACGCAAGCCCACAAUGAUCAGGGUCCCAAGUACCACCAAAGCCACAGAUGAUUUCCAGGAUGAUCUGCCACCCUUGCCUAUUCAGAAGCCUGUAGGUGGACCUCCAUCCUCCAGCCAAAAAAACAGCUUCAGAUCGCAGUCACAGGAGUUUAAUGAGUCGUCUGACCUACAACUUCCUCCAAGACCAGCAGGUGGCAAGGUGCUGCCUCCUCGUCCCCCUCAAGCGAAGGUGGGGCCAGACCGACCACCUCCUCCAAGAAAAGAAGCUUCUCAGUGCCCUCUGUCUGUUUCAUCAGAGGUUAAAGGUGCAUUAUCAAAUAAACCUCAGCAUCAAGAUCACAAAUCAACCAAAACAUCUAAGAAAGGACCUACUUUACCUCCAAGACCUACGCCAGGACACCCACUCUAUAACAAAUACUCAAAAAUUCCCGACGAGCCUUCACAAAAUGGAAUGAAGGUCCAGGCCCUCUUUGACUUUAUCCCAGAGAGCCAAGGAGAGCUCCGACUGUCAGCAGGCGAUGUGGUAUGUGAGGUGGAGCAGCUAGACAGCGAAUGGUACCUUGGUACCCUCAGAGGAGUCACAGGCUACUUCCCAAUCAGCUAUGGAAAAGUGGUGUCAGCUGCACCUUCACCUGAAACCAAUGGAAAAACAUUAGCAGCAGGUCUCAGCAGAGGACCCUGUUGUGUAGCACGAUUCACCUUUGAGGCGGAGCAGUGUGAUGAGCUGACUUUUGGUGAAGGAGAUGUGAUCGAGCUGCAGGAGUAUAUCGGAGAGGAGUGGGCACGGGGGAAACUUGGCACUCAUGUGGGCAUCUUCCCACUCAACUUCGUGGACAUCAUAGAAGACCUGCCGGCUCCAACAACAUCAAAUUUCGGUUCAACCAAGAUUGCCCUACCUGGUCUGGUGUCAGCGUCUCCUACAAUGGAUCCAAAACUAAACCAGGCAGAAGAGGAGGAGACUGAGUGGGCAGAGGCUUUGUAUGACUUCACCGCUGAGAAUGAUGAUGAGGUUGACUUUCAGCAGGGAGACCGUAUCCUGGUAACCGCACACAUUGAUGAGGAAUGGUGCAGUGGACGUGUCAACAACAAAGAAGGCUUUUUCCCAAAAGCAUUUGUACGGUUUUAUUAAAAAAAGUGAAAUGUGUUAUAACAGCCAUGUGUCAUAACACAUGUGUUCAUUUGCUCACAAAUGUAUGCUUAAUCCUUUCUCACAGACAGAUGCAUACAGAGAGUUGGUCAGUGUUGUCUCUACUAUUGUAACAAAUCAGUUCCCAGAAAAGUCAAUUAAGUUAAUUAUUUUACCUUCAUCAUAGACAAACCCUUUCAAAAAGUUUGGAAUGAUCACAUUUUGUGCAUUGUUUGAUGUAUUUUGCUAAAGUGAUAUUUGCUAAAGCGAAGUACCCAUCAAGGCAAGGGAACAUAAAUGGCCUUAGACGUUGUCCUUAGUUAUGCUGGACCUCACCAUUUCCAUGAGGAUCUUCUGUAGCAGGUGAUCUCAGUCUGUGUGAAGGGUGAUUGCUUUAUGCUCUGCUGAACAAAGUUUGUAUAUCUCUUGUAUGACUGCCUGAUUGAGGAGGACCAUGUUGGUGUUUUGUGUGUAAUUUGAAAAAAAGUUUGUGUUGUGUGUGCAUGUGAAUGUGUUUGAUAGUGAUGAUAUAACCUGAUAUCCUGGCACAAUAUGUAAGCAUUAAUUUCGAAUGUGAACAGUGUUGGAAAGAAUAAAUAAAUAUUUUUACAACUAA